CGCAUGCGGUUUAGCUGCAAAUCAUAAAUGGCUGAGAACGGCAUGGAACUGUCAGACAUUCCCUAUUAUUAUUAUUAUUCAUCGGGGCGCUCGUAAAUGUCCUCCGUUUAAUCACAUUCUGCCCUUGCACACAUGUAGCAUCAGCUCCUUUCUCCGUACUUAAGGGCUUACGAGUUCCUGUUCCAGCCUUUUAAAAAGCGCGGGAAUCGUAAGGCGGCGCCUCAUUGCGAGCUUUCCACAAAUGAGGGCCCGGGCUUCACCAAAAUGUCUGCCACGAGAAUACUCUAGCGGACACUUCUUGUAUGUUAGUAACUCGAAUGGUUUUCCUCAGCAUCUCUGCCGCGGGUGGAACAGCUGACCAAACGUGGAUGAGUAAGUAUGUCUCCUCUGGAUUAUCGUAUUUACUCCUGAGUGCCACCGGGGACCAACCCCUCACAUAACACAGCGUGUGGGACACAAAGCCCGGGCAUAGGGAUACGGCUAUAGAGUGUCAGCGCCGGCGGCCGCAACAAACAGGAGGACGAGGAGGGCAGUGCUUGUGAGUGACUCUGGGGCAACAUUUUUCAGCAUUAGUGCAUCAUCAUUAACUUCCAAAUGGGUCGGUGAAGGUGAAAAGAUGGUACGUGCUCUCUUUACAGUAGCAAGAUGCCACCAGCCAGCUGUAAUUUUUAUAGAUGAGAUAGAUUCCUUAUUAUCACAACGUGGUGAAGGAGAGCAUGAAUCUUCUAGGCGAAUUAAAACUGAAUUUUUAGUGCAGUUAGAUGGUGCCACAACUUCCUCCGAGGACCGCAUACUUGUGGUUGGUGCUACUAACAGACCUCAAGAGAUAGAUGAGGCUGCUAGAAGGCGACUUGUUAAAAGAUUGUACAUUCCUCUUCCUGAAGCCUCAGCUAGAAAGCAAAUUGUUGUUAACUUGAUGUCUCAAGAGAAUUGUAACCUCACUGAUAAGGAAGUAGAGUCAAUAGUUCUACAAGCUGAAGGGUUUUCUGGGGCAGACAUGACUCAGUUGUGUCGAGAAGCUGCUCUUGGUCCAAUUCGCAGCCUUCAAACUGUAGAUAUUUCAACUAUAUCACCUGAUCAGGUCAGGGCUAUUGCUUAUAUUGACUUUCAAAAUGCUUUCCAGACAGUGAGGCCCAGUGUUUCAAAGCAGGAUUUAGAUUUGUAUGAACACUGGAAUAAAAACUUUUGGUUGUGGAAGAUAAUAAUAAUAAUAAUAAUAAAAAAAAAAAACCUUCUCCUUUUAUUUUCCUUUUUUCCUAGAAAAGACCCUAUUUUGAGUUUAAGAACGAUUUUCCUUUAACAACCUUAUCUUUAGUAAUAUGAAAGAGAGCUCAACAGAAAAAUAAAAUGUGUUUUUGAGUCCCUGUCAGUUUUCUUGAUUUAUUUAAUAGCACAACUGGUGAAAACCAGCUAUUUAAUAGCACAUUUUAUAAGGAACAAAGAUGUUGAUAAUGACAUUUGUUAUAAUAGAUGCUAAAUAUGAUCAUAUGUGCAUCAGUUUAAUUCAGUAUUCCAAUUUCUUCCAAAUAAAAUACAUUGUACAAUUUUGCAUUACUUUUCUUACUAAAGGACAGUUAGUUUACUGGGUUUACUGCCAACUCAGCAUGUUUUCAUGCUUUUCAUUCACCAUUCUUUUCCUUCUUUUUAUGACAUUAAACAGUUGUACAUAACCUAAAAUAUAAAAAGCAAUUAAGUCAUGUAAUGUACAUUGGGGCAUAUUUUUGCCAGUCUUUGAUUUAGACAGCUUCAGUAAUCUGGCCCAUUGUGAACAUAAGUUUUAACUAUAGUAAAAAAAAAACACCCUCACUUACUUACUAUGCAUGAUGGCAAAUGUCAGAGUUCUCUAACCUUUUAAAGCGUAGCUGACAUUUCAGGUGACUUUCCAGGAUAAGCUGCCCUGUGGGGAGGAGCAGCAUUAAUUCUUUACAUUAUUUAACUUGUAUAUGGUAUUUUACACUAACGCUCAUGACAGCAUCCCUGCAGAGGACCUCCCCCCACAGGACAGGAAACCUGAUCUAAAAAUAGGACACGCCUCUCCACACCUCAGUUCAGGUUUACUGUCCCCUGGUGGGAUGCCUGGGGAGCAGAUGGAUUAGGGCAGUAGCAUCCUCAUGGGCUGGGAGGGCUGAAGCCUUGUUAAAUCAGAUCUGCAAAGCAGCCACUCAUCUAGGCAUACUUAUUUAUUUUAUUUUUUUUUAAUAUGAUGCCUGAUGAAGUACAUGAUGAUGUAGGAAACAGCUGUCGUGUGCUGACUGUGUUCCCCUGCCUAAUUCGUUGCUGCUCCCUGCUCCAGUUUUCUGUUUGUACAUGCAAGAUUUCAUAAAUAAAGACUGAAUGUUAUCCAGAGAUGUGCUGCAGAGUUCCUGAAAUGCCAGAAGAAUCAGUUAAGAGGUUAUCCACAGGGCAAGCUUUUCUUUCUUACAAUAUUCUUGAUAUUUUGAAAGUAUUGCUACUUUUUAAACAAUUUAAUGGGACACAUUGGCUAGGGCAUGCCAAUUUGCUGUUUUUACUACAGAAACAUAGAAUGUGUCGGCAGAUAAGAACCAUUUGGCCCAUCUAGUCUGCCCAAUAAUCUGAAUACUAUUAAUAGUCCCUGGCCCUAUCUUAUAUGAAGGAUAGCCUUAUGCUUAUCCCAUGCAUCCACUACUCUCUCAGUAAAGUAAUACUUCCUGAUAUUACUGCAUAUACCUAUGCUCCUUUAAUUUAAAACUAUGUCCUCUUGUGGUAGUUUUUCUUCUUUUAAAUAUAAUCUCCUUCUUUACCAUGU